AUGACGACGACGCGUCCGUCGAACCGGCGAGGCCCGCCACCUCACCUCCAUUCGCCCAACAGCCCGCAACCAUCGAGCAGCAAACCGUCCGUUUCGCUCGAAGAAUGGGAAUUCAAGGCGCCUCUAGGAGAGCUCGAGAACACGAGCGUAGCAGCAGUAAAAGCUGCACUCGACAGACCUUCGUUGCCGUUCAAGUUUACGGUAGAAGAAGCUAGCUCUCGAGCUUCGACGCCCCUCCGCUCUGUCAAAUUCGGACCUCCAUCGCGAUCUUCAACGCCCGGUAUCCCUCCCUCCGUAACAUCUAUCUCCACCUCCGCCCGCUUUCCCGGUUUCUCCUCUGCCACCUCCACAGUCUCCACACCACACCCAUACUCUCACCUCCACCCCACAGCGCCCAUCCAAACUCCGCAACAGUUCUACGAUUGGUUCGCCCUCAUCGAUAGGUCGGUUGCGCAUAGCCAGGAAUCACAUUUCAGGGAACAUUUGAAAAGGGUCGAGGACUGGUUGGGCGUUUGUGAGAUGUUGGUGGGGAGGAUAGAAGAAGUCGACGAGGAGGUUGAGGGGAUGUUGAAGGGGUGGAGGAGUGUGGAGGAAGGUGGAAGGAGCUUACAGGAGGCUUGCCAGAGGUUGUUGGAGGAAAGGGAUCGGUUGGUAGAGCUUCAGGAUGCGAUCGGUCAAAGACUGGAUUAUUUCCAGGAAUUGGAGCACGCGACGAGGAUGCUGAACCAUCCGGGCGACUCGCUUGUUCUUCAGACCGACUUCCUGUAUAUGGUCGAACGCGUCGACGUAUGUAUCGACUUUCUCAAGGCCCACCGCCACUUCCGCGAAGCAGAGCUCUACCUCCUCCGGUUCCAACAGUGUAUGACCCGCGCAAUGACGCUCAUCAAGAUGUUUCUCGUUGGAUCUUUACGCGCGCUCACGCAAGAUAUCACACGACGAUUAUCAGAGAAGCAUAACAACAUCUCCUUUACACCCGCUUUCAAUCCGUCUCGCAUCAACUCGCUCCCCUCCUCUCAGAACUCGAGCGACGAGCAGCGUCCCAUCCUGACCAGCUUUCGGCUCUCUUGCAGCGCCUACCUCGAAUCCCUCUGCGACUACCUCUACGACGACCUCCGUCCUCGGAUCCUCCACGAACAGAAGCUCGGUGCGCUCUGUGAGGUAUGCACCGUACUACAGGCACUCAUGGCGCUCGACGGGCCUUCGAUCACCGCUGCGGAAUCAUCCACCUCUCCCUCGGCCUCAGACUCUGGUUCGGAUGAUGAUUCGCUCGAGAUUGCGCCAGAUCUUCCCGAGGAUUUCAAGAGCAGUAACAAGGAGAACGGAUUGGGCGAUUUGCGAAUAAGCGGGUUGUUGAGGAUGGUUCUUCAGGAUGCGCAGAUGAGACUAGUAUUCAAGGCGCAGAGCGUGAUGCAGAGUGAGAUCAGGUGGUUUAUUCCGAAUGCUAAUGCUGGGACGGAGGAGCUAGAUUGGCCGGGAGUUUUGAUAAGAGUGAGAGAAUCGCACGAUACGAACCUGAUCGUGAAAGACAAAGACAGCGAGUCGAUCGAGCUGGGCCUGAGCCAGAUUUUCCAGCUUUCGGAAGCGACGAGGAGAGGGGUAAAUACGUGGUAUCCGACGGUAAGGAAGACGGUAUGGGUUUUGAGUCAGUUGUUUGAGUUCGUGCAGCCAGCGAUCUUCGCAGACCUCGCGCAAGAGUCACUCAACCUCUGUCGUCUAUCAGUAAUCUCCGCCUCGGAGGUGAUCAAAUCACAAUCUUCAUUCCACUCACACUCGCACUCGAAAUCCCAUUCCAAAUCUUCAGCGUCCAAGGCCCACGCGAAGUCACAAUCCCAAAUUCAAUCUCCACCGCCACCGCUACGUCCGACCUCCCCGCCAACCGAAAUCAAAACGUCACCCACAGGAGCAGAGUCGGAGCACGCAGAAACGCUGACAGGCCUCGGAAAAGAGCUGGACGCUGUCCUUUUCCUUGUGAGACACUUAUUGAUACUGAAGGAGAUGGUGCGGGGGCUGGAAGGAUUGGUGAAGAGUCUAGAGGCAGAGGGUGGAGCGACUGGGGCAGCGGUGAAAGGCGUCAGCGGUGGAUAUGCAUUUGGCGGGACGAACGCGAGUGGGUUUUUAGGAGAUGGGGCUGUUGGAGUUGGAGCGGCGGGAGGGCUGACUGGAGGGAGCGGUAUGACUGAUGCGUUCACGUCGAUGUUGAGUCGUACAUCUGCGCUUAUACCGGAUUCGUUGUUCGAGAGUUUGGGGAUGCCGAGGGGGAAGGAGAGUAUGCUUGAUGCGAGACAUGGAAUCGAUAUCGACCUCCGCAAAGCAUGCCAAGACCUCAUCGAGCUUGUCUCGUCGAACGUCACGGAUCCGCUCUACACAUAUCUUGCACACGCACAACGAACAGCCAGCGCGCUCAUUCUCUCGCCCUCCACCUCCACCUCAUCAUCCUCCGCAUUUCCCGCCAACACAACCACCUCACCUCCACCCACCUCAUCCACAUCUGGCAUGCUCCCGUCCGAUCAAAGUCCAAGGGCUGACACGCCCCUAAAGUCUGUCGAAAAAGAGCUCGUAGCCCGAUGUCAGACAGCCCUGAAAGAUUCGAUAUCGAGGAUAAGGAUUUACGUCGAAGACCAGAGGACUGCGGAUGUUCUGAUAGAGCAUGUGCGAGAGAGGGUUGAGGACGGGUGGGAGGUGUUUAGGGAGGGGGUCAUGCAAGUUCAGGGAGAGAAGCAGGAGACGGGACUUAUGAGCGAGGAAGAGCUAAGGGGGAUGUUAAGAGUUGUUUGUAGUGAGCGGGGUGCGGUGAUGCUUGGUGGAGAAGAUGGAGUUGCGGAUCAGAUUGAAGAGGCGUAG